AUGGCGGACGAAGGGCGAGCAGAGGCAGCGGCCGACGACGACGGCAACGAAGGCGACAUUGACGACGAUUCAGACUUCGUCGGCGACGACGACGACGGCGUGGACGACGACGACGACGAAGACGACGUGGGCCGCCAUGUGGAGCGCGACGUGGCCGAGAACGUCGACGAGAUCGGCGGGUCGACCGUGGCCGAGAUGGAGCAGCGCCUCGCCCGGCACGCGAAACUCGGCGACGAAGGCGAUGGCUUUGAUGCCGAGUGGGCGGCCAACUACGUGGCCAAGGCGCGCCAGUGGAAGGCGACGCAUGGCACCGACAUUGACACCAACGUCCGCGGCGUCGCACCAUCGCCCGAGGUGGGCGGUCCCGUGCUGCCCGUACGUUGGCACCACGUGCUGAGCCUUAUCUUUCUCGGUCUCGCCAUUAGCGUCCAAGUGUACAUGGUCUUUGGCUAA